GGCGUCCACAGGGCGCCCACGCCGGAGUCCUGGCCCACCUGGGCCCGGACCAGCGACUAUGGCCGGGACAGUUCCCAGCGGCAGCGCCUCCGAAGUGAAGGGGGAGCCUGAGCCUGAGCCUGAGCCUGAGCCUGGGGUGGGCAGACCCCAGAUGAGCUGGCCAGCGCGGUGAAGGAGCCGCAAGCAGUGCCCAGAGCCUUAAGAUGGCAUCAAAGACCAAGAAAGGGUUGAGAGACUCCAUUGAUGACAUCCUUGAAGACCUCCUGGGGGAUGAGAUGAUGCUGCCUGAGAAGCCUGUGAAACUAGCUUCACGAGCCAGAGAUAAGACGGGCAUAGCCCAGACACUCCCUUCUGCAAGGGCUAGAACCAAGUCCCUCCUGGAAACCGAUGCCUUCGGCACCACGGCAGGCCUGGCAGGAGCUGAAGCCGAGGUUUCAGAUGUCUCGGAUGCAGACCCACAGGCCCUGCUCCAGACCAUGAAGGACCUGGACGACAUGGAUACGGAUCUCUUAGGUCUGAAGAAGUCUCAUCUAGCCUCUAGCAGAAGUGCUGCAAAGGGUUCUGGGAAAGAAGAGCUUCCUAGCAACCCCAAAUCUGCUGGAGUGUUAACAGCUAGUGAGAAAGGGGAUGCCAUUCCCACCAAGAAGCCCUCUCCCCCUCCCGGCAGCUUCGGGCAUCAGUACAAGAAGUUUUCUUUUGAAGACUUGGAAGACCCACUGGCAGGACUUCUCUCCGACGAUGAGGAAGGAAUCACCAAGACGCUGCCUGGGACAGAGAGCAAAGAGGCUUUCGGAAAGAGCCCAGCCCCAGCCAGAGAUCAAGGCCCCUCCAUUUCUCUAACCCCUGGGGACACCCCUGUCCGAAAGAAAGAAGAAUCUCUUUUUGAUGAUGAGGAUGACCUCAUGGCCACCCUGGGGUUUGGAGAUAGCCCCAAAGCAGAGAAGAGGCAGACAGGAGACCAGGAAGCGCCCCGCCCUGCUCGCUCCAAGCUGGAUGAGCUGCUGGGCCGAGGCACUGCCGCCAAACACCUGGCUCGUCUGGGCACUGGCGAGCACCUAGACUUCAAGCUGGACAGGAAGUACCGGAGGCCACAGGACAAAGAAGAUCCCUGGGGCAAUGAGGGCUUCACCUUUGGGGCCUAUCAGCCCACCGUGGCCUCCUCUGAGGGCCGGCAGUCCCGCCGGCAGGCAGGCAGGUUCUCAGCAGAAGGUGGCAUGGACCUCAAGGGAGAACCAGGUUCCAAGCAGAGCACCCCAGCAACAACCAGCCCCACCCACCCCAGGAAGGGCGGGGCGGACUGGCUGGGCCUCAGGGAGGAAGAUGAGGACCUGCUCCCUCCCCCUCCCACCAGAGAGCCUCGGAGGGGAGGUUCGGCACUGUCCACACCCUCUGUGCCCCAUCAGGAGAGCCAGCACUCUGCUCCAGGCCGGCACUCUGUCCCCACUGGGCUGCCCUCCUCCUUGGGGGCAGAGGCACCCCCCAAGGGUGCAGGUUCUCCUGCCAGAGCCAGCCAGCUUUCCCAGCUAGGAGCAUCUGAGGAGGGGGAGGAGGACUGGCUGAGCCAUGCCUUGUCUCUGAAGAAGUCCCGAGAUCUGACCAGAGAAGAGCGUGCUGCCACUUCUAAGGGCCAGAACUCGGUGGGGGCCAGAGGCCGACCCCCUUCCAGCAGCCAACCUGUGGCUAGUCCUCAAGGGCUUGAGCAUGCAGGUGCAGGAGGGACCUCAGGACCAGCAGCACAGAAGCCGCCUGCCGAGGCUGCCGCCUCGGGGUCCCCCAUGACUUGGAACCCAGCCGCCUUGUCCCUCUAUGCAGGCAACUCAAAGAAGGACACAGCCCCUGGAGGCCUCUCUGGCACAGACCCUGCGAUGUGUUUCCCGAGCUCCCAGGAACCCACAGGGCUUUCUCUGCCUGUCCAGUCCCCACUCCUGGAAUCCCUGGCGCAGAGCAAGCUGCCGGGCACAGGAUACCAGAAGCAGCUCCUGGCUGCUCAGGUGCAGCUUCAGAGUGGCACUGCCCAGCUCCAGGCUGAGCUUCUGCAGAGUCAAGCCCGGCUGGCAGAGCUGGAGGCCCAGGUGCGGAAGCUGGAGCUGGAGCGAGACCAGCAUAAGCUGCUGCUGGAGAGCUUGCAACAGCGACACCAGGCUGACCUGGAGCUCAUCGAGAAUGCUCACAGAAGCCGCAUCAAGGUGCUAGAAACAUCUUACCAGCAACGGGAAGAACGGCUGCAGAGGGAGAAUGCGGAGCUGUCCGCCCGGUACCUGUCACACUGUCAGGAAGCUGAGCAGACCCGUGCCGAGCUCACCGCCCAGCACCAGCGGCGUUUGGCAGCUGCAGUGCAGGAGAAAGACCAAGAGAUGGAGCGGCUCCGGGAGCUGCAGCGGGCCUCCAUCCUGGAGAUGCGCAAGGACCAUGAGGAACAGCUGCAGCGGCUGAAGCUGCUGAAGGACCGAGAGAUUGAUGCCGUCACCAGUGCCACCUCCCAUACUCGGUCCCUGAAUGGCGUCAUUGAGCAGAUGGAGAAGUUCUCCAGCAGCCUGAAUGAGCUGUCCUCCCGUGUGGAGGCCUCGCACCUCACCACCACCCAGGAGCGGGAGCUGGGCAUCCGGCAGCAGGACAAGCAGCUCCGAGCACUGCAGGAGAGGCUGGGCCUGCAACAGCGGGACAUGGAAGAGGAGCGGAACCGGCUCCAGGAGGUCAUCGGGAAGAUGGAGGCCCGCCUGAACGAGCAGAGCCGGCUGUUGGAGCAGGAACGCUGGCGGAUGAGUGCUGAGCAGUCCAAGGCGGAGUCCACACAGCGUGCCCUGGAGGAGCAGAGGAAGAUCAUGGCCCAGCAGAUGGCCAUGGAGCGGGAGGAGCUGGAGAGGGCCAAGAGUGCUUUGCUGGAGGAGCAGAAGUCUGUCAUGCACAAGUGUGGGGAGGAGCGGAGGCGCCUGGCAGCCGAGUGGGCCGAGUUCUACGCACAGCAGAAGCUGAGUAAGGAGAGGGCUGAGCGAGAGGUGGAGCGGGUGCUGCAGGUGGACACCCAUCGGGAGGGCACCCUCAUCAGCCUGGCCAAGGAGCAGGCAGAGCUGAAGAUCAGAGCAAGUGAGCUCCGAGCCAAGGAGGACCAGCUGGCGGCUGAGAGGGAGGCUCUGGAGCGGGAACGGCAGGAGCUGCGGCUGGAGAAGGAGAGGGUCAGCGCUGCCGCCCUAGGCAUCAGGCGCCGAGCCGAGGAGGUGGAGAGGAUGAGCCAGGUGGCCUCAGAGAAGUACCAGGAGGGAGAGCAGGCAUUGCAUGAGGCACGGCGGGUGCAGUCGGAGCAGCAAACCCGGCUACAGCUGAUGCGACGGCAGCUGGAGCAGCUGCAGCAGCAGGAACAACACAUGCACCAGGAGCAUCUGAAUCUGGCCCAGCAGAGGCUGCAGCUGGACCAAGUCAGACAGGACCUGCCCUCCAGCCCCAUGGGGCUGUUUGCCAAGGCACAGGGCCUGGCAUCCUCUGGCCCAAGUGCUUUUUCAGCCAUCGUGGCUCCUGUUCCCGCCAAUCCUCAGGGCAGCCAGCCACCAGCCAACCUAGGCCCUUCACUCCUCCACGCCAAGCUGGUGCUGUUGAAACACACAGCUGAGCAGGACCGAGACUUCUUGGAGAAUGAACAGUUCUUCCUGGAGACCCUGAAGAAGGCCUCCUACAAUGUGACAUCCCACUCAGCCUGAAGGGCCCUGCUGCCUCAACAGAAGACUCCGACCCUGACACUCUCUCCUGCUGCCCACUGGCUGCCAGUCCAGGGAGGGGGUGCCCAGGGCCUGAUAACAGCUCUGCCUGUGGACAGGGUGCAGGGGCAUUCCUUCUGAGCACGCCAGCCGUGGCUGAAGCUGCAGGUGUCCCCGUGCCUCUAAGGUUUGAGGUACAAUGGCCUCUGGGGAGACAGUGCUGAGAGGCUCAGCCCCAAGACACUGUCAGCCUCAGCUUUGGUUCUCUCGCCCUGAAGAUGUCCAGCUGGGACCCCAGGGUCCACCUGGGCUCUGUGGACCCCUCCCGUCCUCUGCAGGCAGAUGGUUGGGGGAUCUUUUCACCUGCUCCUCUUCUGAGGCAGGGUGUCUUCUCAAGGGAUGCCUAAGAGGCCAGCAGAGACAGCACAGGGUCCCUUCCCUACUGGGUGUGUGGAGUAAGACCACAUGUUUUGAAGGGUCUCCUAUCCUCCUGGCCACAGGUAGGGGAUGCAGGGGCAGGAAGGGUGCCGUGCCCAGCCAGGUUUUCUCUCACAGUCCGACGUGCUCUUGGGACUCAGCUAGCCCUUCAUGCUUACCCAAAGCCCGAGUGAUUAGCUCAGCAUGGACACUGGCUUUGCUGGCUGCUUCUCACAGGCUCCCCAGAGGCUGGCGGAGGGAGGGGUGGGGAACAGGACAGGAAGGCUGCUUUUGUGUUCACCUGCCACAAGGCCACAACUGGGUGGGAAUGAAGACAGAGCCGGGCCUCUGCCCUGGGAGGGUAGGAGCACUGGGAACCCUGAGGGACGCACCCAGGAUGUCCCCUAAGGUGGGCACAUUUCCACUUGUGGUUGGGCCAAGACCAGCUGGAGGGGUACCAGAAGGAGAGGGGUAGGAAUUGCAGUUACUUGUAAAGCGGCUUCUCUCGGUGAGCUUAUGACCGUCCAUGGAAAGAACAUGUCCUCGAGCAGGAAGAGCUGAGUGGGCCUUGAACAGGCAGUUUGUGUGUCUGUCUCAGAACAGCUUUCAGAGGGAUCUUACUUGUUUACCAACAGUUUACACCAUGUUGGACCCAUCAAAGUGCUAUAUAUAUUUUUAAUCCA